CCCAUCGCCAAGCCGCCUUCCGGGCUCCCUCUCCACGCCGGCCGUCAGCCUCGGUUUCCCCCAAGAAGGGCGCGUCGUCUGAACUCAGAGGACCCGAAGGCAGCGAAGCCCUUUCGGGGACCAGCCCGCGGACCAGCGGGGCGUCAGACACCCUCCCAAAGUCGCGAGGACGGCGCCGCGAGGUCACCCAGGGAGCAAGCCCCGCCGAGCCGCCCGCGCAGUCCCUCCAUCCUUGGCCCUCCGCGCUGCCGUCUUUGGCUGCCCCGCCCCUCGGGCCCCGCCCCCCCGGGCCCCGCCCUCCGUCGGUCUCGGGAGGGCGGGGCAUCCGGGCCCCCGUCACUGGCGACCCCGGAGCCCGAUUUAGUCUCGGCCGAUCGCGCGGGGUGAAGGACCGAGCAGUCGUUCAGCGAGUCGCCAUGGCAGCGAUGUUGAGGCGCAGCGGCGGGGCCCUGAGAAGUCUUUCUCGCUUUGACUGGAGAUCACAACAUACAAAAGCUGCCCUAAAACGUGAACAAGGAUUUGGAUUUAGUUUUGAGUUCACUGAACAGCAGAAAGAAUUUCAAGCUACUGCUCGUAAAUUUGCCAGGGAGGAAAUAAUCCCAGUUGCUGCAGAAUAUGAUAGAACUGGCGAGUAUCCUGUUCCCCUUAUUAAAAGAGCCUGGGAACUUGGGUUAAUGAAUACACACAUUCCAGAAAGUUGUGGAGGUCUUGGACUUGGGACUUUUGAUUCCUGUUUAAUUACUGAAGAAUUGGCUUAUGGAUGUACAGGAGUUCAGACUGCUAUUGAAGCAAAUUCUUUGGGGCAAAUGCCUGUUAUUAUUGCUGGAAAUGAGCAACAACAAAAGAAGUAUUUGGGGAGGAUGACUGAAGAGCCAUUAAUGUGUGCCUACUGUGUAACAGAACCUGGAGCAGGCUCUGAUGUAGCCGGUAUAAAGACCAAAGCAGAAAAGAAAGGAGAUGAGUAUAUUAUUAACGGUCAGAAGAUGUGGAUAACCAAUGGAGGAAAAGCUAAUUGGUAUUUUUUAUUGGCUCGUUCUGAUCCGGAUCCUAAGGCUUCUGCUAGUAAAGCCUUUACUGGAUUUAUUGUGGAAGCAGACACCCCAGGAAUACAGAUUGGAAGAAAGGAAUUAAAUAUGGGCCAGCAAUGUUCAGAUACAAGAGGAAUUGUCUUUGAAGAUGUAAAAGUGCCUAAAGAAAAUGUUUUAAUUGGUGAGGGAGCUGGUUUCAAAAUUGCAAUGGGAGCUUUUGAUAAAACCAGACCUCCAGUAGCCGCUGGUGCUGUGGGACUAGCACAGAGAGCUUUGGAUGAAGCUACCAAGUACGCCCUGGAGAGGAAAACUUUUGGAAAGUUGCUUGUCGAGCACCAAGGAGUAUCAUUUUUGCUGGCUGAAAUGGCAAUGAAAGUUGAACUAGCCAGAUUAGGUUACCAGAGAGCCGCAUGGGAGGUUGAUUCUGGUCGACGAAAUACCUAUUAUGCAUCUAUUGCAAAGGCAUUUGCUGGAGAUAUCGCAAAUCAGUUAGCUACUGAUGCUGUGCAGAUUUUUGGAGGCAAUGGAUUUAACACAGAAUAUCCAGUAGAAAAACUAAUGAGGGAUGCCAAGAUCUAUCAGAUUUAUGAAGGUACAGCACAAAUUCAAAGGCUUAUUAUAGCCCGUGAACAUAUUGGCAGGUAUAAAAAUUAACAAGGUCUCUGUAGAAACAUGACUAAUUGUUGAGUAAAUAGAACAUAAUCCAGUAUUUAAGCUACAGAAAAAGAAAAGGCUUCAAGAUUUUUCCCAGUGAAAAUCUUCAAAUAAGUACUCUUCACUAAUCAUAUGCAACUGAUUCUAAUAGUAAUUUUUCCUUUGUUUAACUUUAUGACUUGCCUUUCCUCAAAUAGAUUUGGUUUCAUUAAAUUAUGUGUUGUCUUCAGUACCACUGUACUUGAAUUAUAUUAACCUUGAAAAAUGCAUUAUUUUUGUUAUUUUGACUUCUUUUAAAUUAGAGUAACAGAAAUUCCUUGGAAUUUCAAUAUUUUUCCAAUGACAGAAUAGUGGGUUUAUAAAAGUAGGAUAUUCUAAAAUUUACAAUGAGAAACUUUUAUAGGAUUUGGACGCAACCAAAUAACUUGCCAGUGACUUUGUAGACUUAAUGAUAUUGUAUUAGAGGAGUUCAUUUUGCUAGAAUUUGGAAAAUAUUUGUUUUCAAUUUUAUACAGUGAUAGUAAAAAAUUUGAUGCUUAUAUUCUCCCAUUAUACAACAACCAGAAGUUACUUAAAAAUUUUGUUUAAUUCUGGGCCCACAUUUUCACUUGCCUUAUUUAAAAUAAAUCAAUAAAGUUUGCCUUAAAUUAUUUU